AUGAAUCUACGUUCCUGGACCUCUAAUAGCGACAAUUUACGUCAUACCACAAGUACCGUCGGCGUACUCGAUAUUGAUGAGUUUACCAAGGUCCUUGGCUUACGUUGGAAUCCCGCUAGUGACAUGCUGUCAUUUCCUCCAAGAGUUAUUCCCCAACUAGACAAAGUGACAAAGAGAGCAGUCUUGAUGUAUACAUCCAGAAUUUAUGAUCCACUAGGCCUGCUUAGCCCUGUAACUAUCAGAACCAAGAUUCUACUACAAGAUCUAUGGAAGAAGAGUUAUGACUGGGAUGUCCCGUUACCAGAAGAUAUACAACACAUAUGGCAUACCCUUAGCUUCGAUUUGAAUUCCGCACAAACCAUGACCUUCCUCAGAUUACUGCUGCCUACCGCUAGUUCCGGAGUUGACAAGACCUCAGGGCAGUUGCACGUGUUUGUAGACGCCAGUAUGGCAUCAUAUGGAGCCGCAACGUACAUCUGCAAUAGCACCGACGCACGACUUGUCAUGGCGAAGAAUCGAGUGGCACCCCUCAAGAAACUCACACUACCACAACUAGAAUUGAUGGCCGCCUUGAUUGGUGCAAGACUAGGUUCCCAUCUACAGAAGUCGCUCAUGGUCACAGACAUUACAUAUUGGUCCGACAGCCAGAUCGUCCUGCACUGGUUGAAGUCAUCGAAACCUACCAAGAGAUUUAUUACCAACCGAGUAUCCGAGAUAUCUAACUUAACCUCAGGGUCGUCAUGGAGAUAUUGCCCAACAGAUAGUAACCCAGCAGAUCUACUUACCCGAGGCAUCACUGCAGAUAAGUUCCUGAGUAGCAGCCUAUGGAGUACCGGUCCCUCCUGGUUAUGUGACACUAGUACGUGGCCUACUUGGGAUUCUACACAGGCAUUAAUGCAGACGACCAGUGAAGAGCAGACGACAUUAGUUGAUAAUUCUAACAUACCCGCCAACCAGCAGACGACGUCUAGCCACGACAUUAGCAUACUCCAGUUGAUUGAAAUAACCAGAUUCAGCAAAUACAGCAAGCUCCUUCGUGUUACGGCUUACGUACGACGAUUCGUAUACAAUUGUCGAACUACUCAACAUAGAAUGUUAGGUGUUCUGUCUACACAAGAACUACAAGAUGCUGAGCAAAUGUUAAUGCGAGAUUGCCAGGAAACCGCUUAUCAUGAUGAAGUUACCUACCUGAAGUCCCCUACGUCCCGCAUACCUCGUCCAACGCUUGUGAAUCAGCUACAGUUGUUUCAAGACGGUAAUGGCCUACUUCGAUGUGGCGGGAGAAUCCAGAAUGCCCCUGUUGCUGAAUCAACGAAGUUUCCUUACUUACUGCCUAAGAAACACCUACUUACCCGCCUAAUUGUACAGCACGCCCAUGAGAAAUACCUGCAUGCCGGAACGAACGCUACAGUAACCAACAUUCGUCAGAAGUAUUGGAUACCGGCCAUUAAACAGUGUGUGAACGCCAUAACCC